GUCAUGGCUGACGACUCUCAGAGAAACUUUCGCUCGGUGUAUUAUGAAAAAGUGGGGUUCCGUGGAGUUGAAGAGAAGAAGUCACUGGAAAUUCUAUUAAAAGAUGACCGUUUGGAUAUUGAGAAGCUUUGCACAUUUAGUCAGAGGUUUCCUCUCCCAUCCAUGUAUCGCAUACUGGUGUGGAAAGUACUUCUAGGAAUUAUUCCUCCUCACCAUGAAUCUCAUGCCUUGGUGAUGAAGUACCGGAAGGAGCAGUACUGGGAUAUACAUCAUGCUCUUCGUGUAAUUCGUUUUAUUAAUGAUUCUACCCCACAGGUAGAUGUUUUUCUCCGCAUACAUCAACUGGAAUCAGGAAAAUUGCCUCGGAACUUGGCUUUUCCAUUGGAACCUGAAGAUGAAGUGUUUCUUGCUAUUGCUAAAGCAAUGGAAGAAAUGGUGGAGGAUCCUAUAGAAUGCUAUUGGCUUGUCAGUUGCUUUGUGAAUCAGCUGAACAGCAAGCACAAAGAUUCAUUACAACAACUGCCAAAAGUUCUGGAGCAGUAUUUGAACAUUGAAGAUAACAGACUCCUGAUGCAUCUGAAAGCAUGUGCUGCUAUGAGCAAACUCCCUUACGAUCUUUGGUUUAAAAAGUGUUUUGCAGGAUGUUUACCUGAGUCCAGUUUACAGAGAGUUUGGGACAAAGUUAUUAGUGGGUCCUGCAAGAUUCUCGUUUUUGUUGCUUUGGAGAUAUUAUUAACCUUUAAAAUGAAGAUAAUAGCACUGAAUACUGCAGAAAAGAUCACCCAGUUUUUGGAAAAUAUUCCUCAAGACAACACUGACGCUAUUGUCAGCAAAGCUGUAGAUCUGUGGCGCACGCACUGUGGGACUCCAGCACACUCAGUCUGAGAACUCUUCACUUGUGUCAGCUUGGGGAAAAAAAAAAAGGACGUUUGAAAUGACAUUAUACCACUCUUCCUCUAUCCUAGUGUGAUGUUCCUCAUUAACUGUUCUUUGUAAAGCUCUUAUUAAGGUGCAGUGACCAAUAUGUAAAUAUUUUUCAAUAAAUACCAGUGGAAUGAAC